AGCCGACACCGGCGGCGACGUCUGCAGCGUCGUCGGCUCCCUCCACAUCCGCUCCGCACACAGUGUGAUCUUGGCUGUUCGGAGCGACAGACGUGCGCUUCGCCCCGCUCUCUCCGUCGCAGGCCUCAGCGUAGUGAGGUGCCUCUUGACCGACCGACCAGUGCCCUCGUCUCGCAGUAAUCGAGCCCCGAUUUUAACCCAACAUGGCGAUGAAGGGCUUGCUUGAUAAGCUCAACAAGAUUCAAGACUUGUUCUCAACACUUCGAUAUGAGCCAAUUGAGUUGCCGAAAAUCGUGGUGGUUGGCACCCAGAGUGCCGGCAAGAGCUCCGUCCUGGAGUCCUUGGUGAGGAGGUCCUUCCUGCCGCGCGGCACGGGCAUCGUCACCCGCUGUCCGCUUGUGCUUCAACUCAACCACUGCCCCUUGGGUGACGCACGGCGAAAGGGUAUCGAGCACAAGGAAUGGGGUACGUUCCUGCACUCUGGAGAUCGCAUUUUCAAGCUGGACGAGGUUCGUGACGAAAUCGAUGCUCAAACGACUCGCAAUGCGGGCUCCAACAAAGGCAUCGUCACGACUCCCAUCACCCUGAAGGUGUACUCGCCCGACGUGGUCAACCUGACGCUCGUCGACCUACCCGGCAUAACCAAGGUGGCGAUUGGAGAUCAGCCUGAGGAUAUCGAAGAACAGAUACAAGAGCUGAUUAUGGACUAUAUCGAGAAUCCUUUGACUAUCAUCUUGGCUGUAGUGACUGCUAAUACAGACAUGGCGACCAACGAGAGUCUGAAGCUGGCCAAAAGUGUCGAUCCAGAGGGAGAACGCACGCUUGCAGUCUUAACCAAAGUUGACCUCAUGGACGAAGGGACUGAUGCAAGAGAUAUGUUGAAAGGACUGGUUAUACCGGUGAAACUUGGCAUUGUUGGAGUGAUCAACAGAUCACAGAAGGACAUCAAUGAUAAUAAGACAAUGGAAGAUGCUUUUAAAUACGAGCAAGAGUACUUUCAAAAGAAAUACAAGGAAAUUGCAUCAAGGACGGGAUCUCUUUACCUUGCCAAAAAAUUGAGCAUGUUGCUUUCAGACCAUAUCAACAAGAACCUUCCUGACGUUGAGAAUAAAAUCCGCAAAGAAAUGGAAGAUUGCUCGAAGAUUCUAGAUGAGUGUGGCGAAUCUAUAACAGACAAGAGGGCUACUCUGAUGAACGUGGUGAACAAGUUUAGUCAAGCUUUCUGUUCGCUCUGUGACAAAGGAUCGCAAAACCUUCAAUCCAUGAAACUAACUGGCGGAGCAAAACUGUGUGACAUUCUUCACAGCAGUUUGGAGAAAGUCUUCGCUAGGUGUGAGCCUUGCAAAUCCUACACCACCGAUCAAGUUAUAAUAGCAAUCAGACAGUCCAACGGUCUGAAGCCCCCAUUCUUCGUGUCCGAGGUAGCCUUCGAGACGUUGAUCAAACCCCUGAUAAAGAAGAUGGAGAAGCCUGCUCUGGCUUGCGUGGAUGCCGUGAAGCGAGAACUUGGCAACAUGUGCCAGCUUAGCAUCUCAGGGCAACUGCAACUUCGCUUCCCGGAGCUGACGCAAGCCCUGAUAAAAGUCGUAUUGGGAAUUGUUGAGGAACGGUCCCAGAAAGCAAUCCAAACCAUAAAAGACUUGGUCUCUAUUGAAACUGGGCAUAUUACGUACUACCGAAUCAAUGUUCUGGAGGAAGAAUUCCAAGAAGUAAUGAAACAAGAUAAAAUAGAUAGUUCCUUAAUACCCUUUAAAGAGGGAGUAUUGGAGGAAAAGCUUCGCUCACGCUCAAGAGGGGCAGGCAAAGAAGAAAAAGCCGACAUUGACGAUCAAUUGAACUUGUUGACUAUGUCAGAAAAGGACAAAAAACAUGUCAUCAUUUUGGGUAAGAUGCUCGACCACUACUACCAAAUAGUGGCAGAAACCAUGCAAGACUCAACAGCCAAGGCGGUCGUAACUUUCCUCGUGAAUGAAGUUCGUGAAUCUCUCACCACUGAGCUGUCUGUGGCUCUCAUGCAGCGAGAAUUGGAUGAACUGUUUCAUGAGCAAGAGGAUAUUACCGACAAGCGGGAAGCCACUCACGCCAAACUGAAUGUUCUCGAGCAGUCACUUCAAGUCAUUUCAGGGAUCACCAGCCAUCAAGGGCGCCGGAAGAGGAGUGCGGCGGGAGCGUCGCCCCCUCCCACUUUCAGCCUCAAAAGUGCCAUUUUGAGUUCGAAAGAGGGAUAAAAUGUAGCAAAGCCGCUAAUUCUUUAGAAUUUGGCUUCUAGCUUGCUUCACUCGCAUGUUGUCUUCAUUUUAUUCUAAUAUCUUCUUUGUUUGGCUCACUUCGCUCGCCAAUCAAGCGUGAAUAUAAUUGUACUCUAGAAAUGUAAAAGUAGAAAAUAAUA